AUGCAACAAUCUUCUCGCCCAGUUUCUCUUCCCAUGAACAUUCGGGUUAAACAUCCCAUCGAUGGACCCAUCUUUUCUCCCAUGACUUAUUCCAAUCCCUACAUGCCUCCUGUUCCUACAAGCAUUCCCAUGGGGAUUAUGCAGUCGCACAUGAAACCAAUGAGUGUAAAUUUUUUUCAAUUGCCUUUCCCGAUACCAUUUACUGUUCUCGCCCAAAGUGGUUCAAAUGAACAAGCUAAUAUACUAGCCAAUUUUCGCAUGGAUACGUCUCAACGACCCCCUCAUCCUCAACCUACCUCUGAUACUGAUGAGAAUAGAGUCGACGAACUAGCCAAUUUCCAGGUUCUCCCACAUGGUUACUGGGACUAUCGUGCUAUCCUGAUUCAUAACAUGCCCUCUUUCUACAAUGUUUCUGAAUUUCUACACCUUGGCCGUUUUGGAACCCUAGAACGUGUUGUCCCCAUGUAUGAUAGAAACCAACUUUUUCUUGCAUUUCUUUCUGCCGCUGAUGCUCUUGACUUUUAUAACACUGUCCGCUAUACUGAUUUUACUUUCAAGAAACAACGUCUUAUUGUCACGACCAUCGAUCCUAUGCCUUUGGAUCCACGUAUAAUUGACGCCUGCAAUCGUGGUUUUGUUAGUAGAAACGUUCAAAUUUCUGGACUUCCUUCUGACUUUAAUGAAGCUACUUUAAUUCAGUAUGUAUGCUCUCUCGGUAAAACUGAGCUUAUUUCAGUUUGUACCGAAACCCGCUCUAUUUACAUCCACUAUUUGAGCAUCGAAGACGCUCUGCAUUGUAUCGAUUCUGUUCUGUCGAACCCUUAUUAUAAUUAUUUAAGCUGCUUCUGUUUCUAUGAACGAUGUGAUCGUUACUAUGCCACUGAUUACCAAGUCGAAAAAGUAGAACCGGGAAUAACUUUUUCGAAACCCAAAGCCGAAGUUAACGCUCUCAAGUCUAAUGAAGCUGUUACUCAAAAGAAAGAAAUUAAAAAGAAGCCUUCCGCCGAAAAGCUUGAUAUCAAGUCAGAGCCAAAGCCAUUCUCAACGAAAUGUAACUCUCAAUGUUCUUUUGAGGGUAUAACAAAAAAAGAAGAGUCCAACAACCUUGCAACUGUUGAAGAAAAGAAUCUAAAGCCAGCAGAAAUUACAAGAACAAAGGCUGUUCGUAUAUCGGAUCCUGAAGUGAUUCCUUUUGAGAAACCUUUUGAGAAACAGAAGCAUUCAAGUCCCAAAAAGUCUUGUGCCGAACCCUUGUCUAUAUCUGAAAAUGCAACCCAAAACAACUCUACUACUUCUCCUUCCUCGAAAACCAACGUUUCUAGUUCCGUUCUUGAAUGCCAUUCCAAGAUUGCUGCCUUACAAAACGUUACCAAUACCUCCUCCGUUUCUUCUCCAACAAAUUCAGUCUCAAAUCAAUCCUCCAAAAUGCAUGCUUCGUCAGUGAUUCCUCCAGUUGUUAACAAAGACGUAUCUUCUACCCCUCAGCUACCUUCCAAAAGUGAAUACCCACAAGAUCAACCUACCAUUUCCCCGAAAUUAAAUGAAUCCAAUGUUUUAAGAACCAAUACUAAAAGCCAAUGGUGUGAUGACUUGUCUUCUGAUUCAAAACCAGAUGCCACCUUUGAUGAUGUUGAAGACAUCAAUAUUAUGAAUAAAGGCGAAAGCUUACAAGAACACUUGAAUGAUAUGUCAAAUUCCCUAUAUCCGUCCAAUUGGAAUGACGAGUUGAAGCAUGAGCCUUCGCCAGCUACAAUGGAAACGUUACGCUCUGAUUUAUCUCCCUCAACCGAUAUAGGUACACAAAAAAAUACAUCCCUGAAUACAAUACUUGAAGAACAAGAACCUGAUAGAUUUGAAUCCCUCCUUGAUUCCAAUUCCCUUGCCUCUCUUCCCAAAGAAUAUACUGGUGAUAAUCCCGUAAACGAUCUAACAAGUCUUGCUAAAUUAUCAACCGAAAGUUAUUCUUCAAGAAGCUCUUCUGCUCUCACCUCUCCUACACUUGUUGAUUCACCACUUGAAGCUCCUGCGAAAACUUUUACUGAUCUCUCUGAACUUUUUGAAAUGGACAUUAUAUCAAAGCUUUCCAACAAUAGCCGACUUAUCCCUGACCUUGAGCCUUGCUCCAAAAAUCGUACUCUUUUCUUAAGCAGCUUUCACAGAGCAACAAAGCAGUUUGAAAUCGCCAAUCUAUUCAAAAAAUUUCCUUUAGAGGAAAUCCAUUACCUAUCGAAGAAAAAAAUAUGUUUUGUCACUUUUUUGGAGUCUUAUGAUGCAAAACUUUUCUUAAACGCCCAUAAAAAAGAAUCACCUUACUUACAUGGUCGCCCAUUAAAAAUGGAAUGGGCUAAGUUUAAUAACCCUUUUACUGACGAGCUCUUAAACGCCGUUGCCAAUGGAGCCUCAAGAAGCAUUUCCUUUGAAAAAAUUCAUCCAAAUAUAACUCGCGGUGACCUGAGUUCUGUUUUUAAAAUAUACGGUCCUAUAGAAAGUUUCCAUUUCUCGAAACACAAAAAUGCAGGAACUAUUACCUAUAACAGCAUUUACUCCGCAAUAAAAGCAAUGAAGCAUUUGCAGUCUCAUCCAACUUUUGAACAAACUGUUCUUAAUUACUAUUUUGAUGAUCACCACAGCCAAAAAAUUAUGCCCUAUAAAAAACAGCCUUACUACCUUGAAGAAACCAAGGGCAAAGUUUUUUCAAGAGAAACUUUAUCUCAAGGACCUCCGAAAUAUAGCUCGUGCUUUGACACUCUCGGCUCAUAUUCUCCUUCUCACUCAAAAAGUACCAACUUACGCCGACCAAAGCGUGCAACCAUUUCUUCCGAAGCGUAG